CGUCUUUUUUAUCCGUGCGGGAGAACAGUGCGUCCGCUCGAGCAGCGAAUGUAGCGGGAUUUCUUUUUGCCGGAGAAUGAAACACUGCUAUAAUGGGUAUUUUUGACAGAAGAGGAAUUUCUUAAUAUUUCUUUGGCAGAUUUUUAUUUUUUCUGAAGCAGUGACACUACAUCCUUCGUAUUAGUUUUCGCUGCUCACCGCUUUUCUAUGGUGUUUAGCUAGGUCCUUUUCCUGCGGAUCCCCUUGAGAAGGAAAAACUGUGUGGAUAAGUGGACGAUUAUUGCUAGGAGACAAGAGGAGGAACCUGGGUUACGGCGAUGUCGGGGGCCUCAGUGAAAGUCGCCGUGAGAGUGCGGCCCUUCAACUCGAGGGAGACCAGCAAGGAGUCAAAAUGCAUUAUUCAGAUGCAGGGAAACUCCACCUCUAUUCUGAACCCCAAAAACCCAAAGGAGCCAGCAAAGUCCUUCAGCUUUGACUACAGCUACUGGUCACACACCACACCUGAUGACCCCUGCUUCGCCUCGCAGUCCCUGGUGUACAAUGACAUCGGGAAAGAGAUGCUGCAGCACGCCUUCGAGGGCUACAACGUCUGCAUCUUCGCCUACGGCCAGACCGGGGCCGGCAAGUCCUACACCAUGAUGGGCAAGCAGGAGGAAGGCCAGGAGGGCAUCAUUCCACAGCUCUGCGAAGAACUAUUUGAGAAAAUCAAUGACAACAGCAAAGAGGAGAUCUCCUACUCAGUGGAGGUCAGCUACAUGGAGAUUUACUGCGAGAGGGUGCGGGAUUUGCUCAACCCCAAGAACAAGGGCAACCUGCGUGUCCGAGAGCACCCCCUGCUGGGCCCCUACGUGGAGGACCUGUCCAAGCUGGCCGUCACCUCUUACACGGACAUCGCCGACCUGAUGGACGCGGGAAACAAGGCCAGGACCGUGGCGGCCACCAACAUGAACGAGACAAGCAGCCGAUCCCACGCGGUCUUCACCAUCGUCUUCACACAGAGGAGGCACGACAGCGAGACAGACCUCUCCACAGAAAAAGUCAGCAAGAUCAGCCUGGUAGACUUGGCCGGAAGCGAGCGAGCUGAUUCUACAGGGGCCAAGGGAACGAGGCUAAAGGAAGGGGCAAACAUUAACAAGUCUCUGACCACACUGGGGAAGGUCAUCUCCGCCCUGGCCGAGGUGGAUAACUGUACCAGCAAGAGCAAGAAGAAGAAGAAGACCGACUUCAUUCCGUACAGAGACUCUGUGCUCACGUGGCUUCUCCGAGAGAAUUUAGGUGGAAACUCCAGAACCGCCAUGGUGGCCGCCCUCAGUCCCGCCGACAUCAACUACGACGAGACCCUCAGCACGCUGCGAUACGCGGACAGGGCCAAGCAGAUCAAGUGCAACGCCGUCAUCAACGAGGACCCCAACGCCAAGCUGGUGCGUGAGCUGAAGGACGAGGUGACGCGUCUGAAGGACCUGCUUCGCGCCCAGGGGCUGGGCGACAUCCUGGACAUGGAGCCAAUGGGGGAUGAACACCCAGGAAGUGGAAGCAAAUACCUGAAAGAUAUACAGAACAAUAAGCAUAGGUACUUGCUAGCCUCAGAGAAUCAACGGCCUGGCCAUUUUUCCACAGCGCCCAUCGGCUCUCUGACUACCUCCCCGUCCUCUGGCUCGCUCUGCGGCCAGGUGGGCUUGCAGUCUGUCACCAGCAUCCAGGAGCGCAUCAUGUCCACGCCGGGAGGGGAAGAGGCCAUCGAGCGGCUGAAGGAAUCCGAGAAGAUCAUCGCCGAGCUGAACGAAACCUGGGAGGAGAAACUGCGGAAGACGGAAGCCAUCCGCAUGGAGAGAGAGGCGCUGCUGGCUGAGAUGGGUGUGGCCAUCCGUGAGGACGGGGGAACUCUGGGGGUCUUCUCACCGAAAAAGACGCCUCACCUGGUUAAUCUGAACGAGGACCCUCUGAUGUCAGAGUGCUUGCUUUAUUACAUCAAAGACGGGAUUACAAGGGUGGGGCAGGCGGACGCAGAGAGGCGUCAGGACAUCGUCCUGAGCGGAGCGCACAUAAAAGAGGAGCAUUGCAUCUUCCGCAGCGAGAGGAACCUGAAUGGAGACGUCGUCGUGUUGCUCGUACCUUGUGAGGGAUCCGAGACGUAUGUCAACGGCAAGCGUGUUGACUCUGCGGUGCAGCUCCGCUCUGGUAACCGCAUCAUCAUGGGUAAGAACCACGUGUUCCGGUUCAACCACCCGGAGCAGGCACGGGCCGAGCGGGAGAAGACCCCGUCGGCCGAGACGCCCGUGGAGCCCGUGGACUGGACCUUCGCCCAGAGGGAGCUGCUGGAGAAGCAGGGCAUCGACAUGAAGCAGGAGAUGGAGAAGAGGCUGACUGAAAUGGAGAUCUUGUACAAGAAGGAGAAGGAAGAAGCAGACCAGCUGCUGGAACAACAGAGACUGGUGUAUGAGAGCAAACUGCAGGAGCUGCAGAAGCAGGUGGAGACCCGCUCGCUGGCCGCCGAGACCCCCGACGAAGAGGAGGAGGAAGAGGAGGAGGAGGAAGUUCCCUGGACACAGCACGAGUUUGAGUUGGCCCAGUGGGCCUUCAGAAAGUGGAGGUAUCACCAGUUCACGUCGCUCAGAGACCAGCUGUGGGGCAAUGCUGUGUACCUGAAGGAGGCCAAUGCCAUCAGUGUGGAGCUGAAGAAGAAGGUGCAGUUCCAGUUUGUGUUGCUGACGGACACCCUAUACUCCCCCCUGCCCCCCGAACUCCUUCCCCCCGAGCCGGAGAAGGAGCGCGACCCUCGGCCCUUCCCCCGCACCGUGGUGGCCGUGGAGGUCCAGGACCUGAAGAACGGCGCCACGCACUACUGGUCCCUGGAGAAGCUCAAGCAGAGGCUGGACCAGAUGCGCGAGAUGUACGACCGCGCCGGGGAGAUGACCUCCUCCACCCAGGAGGACAGCGAGGGCACCCUGACCGGGAGCGACCCCUUCUACGACCGCUUCCACUGGUUCAAACUGGUGGGGAGCUCGCCGAUCUUCCACGGCUGCGUGAACGAGCGUCUGGCGGACCGCACGCCCUCCCCGACCUUCUCCACCGCCGACUCGGACAUCACGGAGCUGGCGGACGAGCGGCAGAGCGAGAUGGACGACUUCAUGGACGACGAGGCCUUCGUGGACGACACCAGCUCCGACGCCGGCACCGAGGAGGGCUCCGACAUCUUCAGCGACGGCCAGGACCCUUUUUACGACCGCUCCCCCUGGUUCACUCUGGUGGGAAGAGCCUUCGUGUACCUGAGUAACCUGCUGUACCGCGUGCCCCUGGUGCACCGCGUGGCCAUCGUGACGGAGAAAGGGGAGGUGCGGGGCUUCCUGCGCGUCGGGGUCCAGGCCAUCGCGGCUGACGAAGAGGCCCCAGACUACGGGUCGGGAGUGCGACAGUCUGGCACUGCGAAGAUCUCCUUUGAUGACGAGUACUUCAAAACGAGUGAUUUCUCCACUGUGGCCAUGACCCGCUCCGGCCUCUCAUUGGAGGAGCUACGCAUUGUGGAGGGUCAAGGUCAAAGUUCAGAGGUCAUCACGCCCUCGGAGGAGCUGAAUAGGAUAAACGACAUGGAUCUGAAGCGGGGGAACGGCGACACUAAGCUGAGCCUGUCGGAGGGCCUGGGGGGCCAGCUGGAGAUGGGCAGUAUCUUCACCUUCCGCGUGACCGUGCUGCAGGCCAGCGGCAUCCUGCCGGAGUACGCCGACAUCUUCUGCCAGUUCAACUUCCUGCACCGCCACGAUGAGGCCUUCUCCACCGAGCCCCUGAAGAACACUGGGAAAGGUGCCCCGCUGGGCUUCUACCACGUGCAGAAUAUUGCUGUGGAAGUGACAGAGUCCUUCAUCGAGUACAUCAAGACCAAGCCCAUUGUGUUCGAGGUGUUUGGGCACUACCAGCAACACCCUCUGCACCUGCAUGGCCAGGAUCUGGUCAGUCCUGUUCAGCCUUCCAGGAAGUAUUACGCCCCACCCAUGCCUCUGUCCAAACCAGUGCCAGCCACCAAGCUGAACACCAUCACCAAGUCUAACCUGGGCCAGUGCGUCAGCAAGUACGACCUGCUGGUGUGGUUCGAGAUCAGCGAGCUGGAACCUACCGGAGAGUACAUCCCAGCUGUGGUGGACCACACCGCGGGCCUGCCCUGCCACGGCACCUACCUCCUGCACCAGGGUAUCCAGCGUCGGAUCACGGUCACCCUGAUCCACGAGAAGGGCAGCGAGCUGCACUGGAAGGACGUCCGGGAGCUGGUGGUCGGUCGGAUCAGGAACAAGCCAGAAGUGGACGACACCACAGCGGAUGCAGUCCUGUCUCUCAACAUCAUCUCAGCCAAAAACAUCAAGUCGUCCCAUAACUCCAACAGGACCUUCUACCGGUUUGAGGCUGUGUGGGACAGCUCCUUACACAACUCCCUCCUGCUGAACCGAGUCACUCCAUACGGCGAGAAGAUCUACAUGACACUGUCUGCCUACCUGGAGCUGGACCACUGCAUCCAGCCUGCCAUCAUCACCAAAGACAUCUGCAUGGUGUUCUACUCCAGAGACGCCAAGAUCUCCCCUCCUCGCUCGCUGAGGAAUCUCUUUGGCAGCGGCUACUCCAAGACCCCAGACUGCAACAGAGUGACUGGGAUCUAUGAGCUGAGCCUGUGCAAAAUGGCUGACACAGGAAGCCCAGGCAUGCAGAGGCGGAGGCGGAAGGUUCUGGACACGUCGGUGGCGUACGUGCGAGGCGAGGAGAACCUGGCGGGCUGGAGGCCCCGAGGGGACAGCCUGAUCCUGGAGCACCAGUGGGAGCUGGACAAGCUGGAGCAGCUGCACGAGGUGGAGAAGACCCGCCACCUGCUGCUGCUCCGGGAGAGGCUCGGGGAGGCGGCCCCCAAGUCCCUGAGCGACCCUCUGUCCCCCAGCCUGAGCAGUGGCACGCUCAGCACCUCCACCAGCAUCUCCUCUCAGAUCUCCAGCACCACCUUCGAGAGCGCUGUCACGCCCAGCGAGAGCAGCGGCUACGACUCGGCCGACAUCGAGAGCCUGGCGGACCGCGAGAAGGAGCUGGCCACCAAGUGCUUGCGGCUUAUGACGCACACCUUCAACAGCGAAUACAACCAGGUGUGCAACAGCAUCAGCGACUGCAAGCUGUCAGACAUCUCCCCCAUUGGCCGUGACCCAUCUGUGACCAGCCUCAGCAGUGCCACACUCACACCAUCCUCCACUUGUCCCUCAUUGGCUGACUCCCGCUGCAGCUCCGUUGACCAGAAGACCCCUGAGGCCAACUCCCGCGCCUCCAGCCCCUCUUGUUCUGACUACGAGAACUUCCCCAUGGUGCCCACGCUGGAGACCUCCUACCUGGCCCGCGCCGGCAAGAACGAGUUCCUCAACCUGGUGCCCGACAUCGAGGAGAUGAGGCCAGGGUCUGUCGUGUCAAAGAAGGGCUACCUGAGCUUCAUGGAGCCGCGCUCCAACUCCUGGGUGAAGCACUUUGUGGUGGUGCGCCGGCCAUACGUCUUCAUCUACAACAACGACAAGGACCCCGUGGAGAGGGGUGUCCUCAACCUGUCCACGGCCCAGGUGGAGUACAGCGAGGACCAGCAGGCCAUGCUGAAGACUCCCAACACGUUCGGUGUGUGCACGAAGCACAGAGGUAUCCUGCUGCAGGCCAACAACGAUAAAGACCUGAAUGACUGGCUGUACGCCUUUAACCCACUGCUCGCAGGAACGAUAAGAGCAGACAUUGCCCUGAUUGGUCUGGCCGUGAUGGGCCAGAACCUGAUAUUGAACAUGAAUGAUCAUGGCUAUGUGGUGUGUGCAUAUAACAGAACAGUCUCCAAGGUACAUGACUUCCUCAAUAACGAGGCCAAAGGCACUAAGGUGGUGGGGGCGGAGUCUUUGGAAGACAUGGUGUCCAAGCUGAAGAAACCACGCCGUAUCAUACUCCUGGUAAAGGCAGGCCAGGCUGUUGACGACUUCAUCGACAAGCUGGUGCCUCUUCUUGAGCCUGGUGACAUCAUCAUUGAUGGGGGCAAUUCUGAGUACAGGGACACAAUUCGUCGGUGUCAGAGCCUGAAGGAGAAGAACCUGCUGUUUGUGGGCAGUGGAGUGAGUGGAGGGGAAGAGGGUGCACGUUAUGGCCCGUCACUGAUGCCAGGGGGUCACAAGGAGGCCUGGCCCCAUAUAAAGGAUAUUUUCCAGAGCAUUGCUGCCAAGGUUGGAACAGGAGAGCCAUGCUGUGACUGGGUGAGUGUGCUGGAUUUCCCCUCAGGAUUGCAUUCUCUACAUGCGCAGAUGCUGUGGCCAUAUGGGCUGGUUUCCAUCAUGCGCACUCUGAUUGGCCCUUUGCUUGGUGGACAGGUUGGAGAUGAAGGAGCAGGUCACUUUGUGAAGAUGGUCCAUAACGGCAUUGAGUACGGAGACAUGCAGCUGAUCUGUGAGGCCUACCACCUGAUGAAGGACGUGCUGUGCAUGGACCAUGACGAGAUGGCCAAGGCCUUUGACGACUGGAACAAGACGGAGCUGGACUCCUUCUUGAUCGAGAUCACGGCCAACAUCCUGAAGUACAGAGACACGGACGGCACGCACCUGCUGCCCAAAAUCAGGGACAGCGCCGGGCAGAAGGGCACAGGGAAGUGGACGGCGAUCUCCGCUCUGGAGUACGGCACACCUGUCACCUUGAUCGGCGAGGCUGUCUUUGCCAGAUGUCUGUCCUCUCUGAAGGAGGAGAGGGUGCAGGCCAGCAAGACCCUCAGCGGGCCCCAGGGGGUGAAGUUCAGCGGGGACAAGGCCAGGUUCCUGGAGGACAUCAGAAAGGCGCUCUACGCCUCCAAGAUAAUCUCGUACGCUCAGGGCUUCAUGCUGCUCCGCCAGGCGGCCAAAGAGUUCGGCUGGUCCCUGAACUACGGCGGCAUCGCACUGAUGUGGAGAGGGGGCUGCAUCAUCCGCAGCAUGUUCUUGGGAAAGAUCAAGGAGGCCUUUGACCGGGAUUCAGAGCUACAGAGUCUGCUGCUGGACAACUUCUUCAGCAACGCUGUGCAAGACUGCCAGGAUUCCUGGCGCCGGGUGGUGAGCACGGGGGUCCAGCAGGGGAUCCCCAUGCCCUGUUUCACCACGGCCCUGUCCUUCUAUGACGGCUACAGACACAACAUGCUCCCAGCCAACCUCCUCCAGGCUCAGAGGGACUAUUUCGGCGCGCACACUUACGAGCUGCUGUCGAACCCGGGCCACUUCAUCCACACUAACUGGACGGGGCACGGGGGCAACGUCUCGUCUUCCUCCUACAACGCUUAAGGGGCAUCCCGGGAGCACGGGGGCGGGGGGGUAGACCAGGACACGCACGCGCCGAGUGUCAUAAACGAAAGGGGCAGCUGAGAGCAGUGAGGAUACAUGUCACACAUUCCUUUUUCUAAAAAAAAAUGUAGAAAAAAGUAUUCUAAACACACUAGAGUCAGCUGAAAGCACUUAUGCUGUGUAAUUUAUGGUGAAGUGGAAAUUAAAUCAUAGUGUGUGUAAACUGUUUUUUUCCCCAGCAAAGUAUUGAAGUGUGUACAAGUAGGGCCUUUUGCUACAGAUGUAACAGGGAAGGGACAAAUGGUUUCACACUAGCUUCAGGUUGUUUAUUUCCAAUCAUGUGUGCCCCAGAGUUCACUCUUUAACACAGGAUUAAAGUUAACUAUUGCACUGUACUAGGCUAAAUAAAGAUUUAAAUCCCUUUUUAA